AUGUCGUUGAGAGAGGUUGCUUUACCUGCGAAGGGUGUGGCGGAUCGCCGCCCGUCGGGGCCAGCUCGGGCGACUGAGCUGAUCCCGGUGGCGGCCCCAUCCGGCCCCCCACUUAUGACGAACCGGCUUACGACAACUGACCACGACAGGAAUGACUCUUCGGAUUCUGAUGUGCUCUCUAGUGAUCGAGUGUUCAUCCUUAUGAACAAACUCGCUCACGGGGGUUCCUACCCGGGUCGAAAGGACGACGAGGCGACUAUACUCGCCUUCUGUCACAUUCGGAAGGGUGCCACUCUGCCGUACACGAGGCAGCAAGUGUCGGGUGUGCCACCGAGAGCCCCGCCGGUUGAAUCGCGCGAGUCUGCGGUCCCGGCGGUGGCGGCCUCGGCGGGAGUUGCGCCGCUGGCCUCGAUCACUGAAGAGGUCGAUGUGCCCCCGGCUGCACCCCUGGUCCCCAAGACACGAGAAGAGCCCGUGACUACGCUAGCUGCGGCCGCCGAGAUGCAGGAUAUCGACCUGCCUGACGCAAAUUUGGCUGAGGCCAUUGCCGAGUCAGAGCGCCGUGACACUGACUCUGACGCUGCCCGUGCGCCCAGAAAGCGCCGGGCUAUGACGCAUGACGACUCCGACACUCCCUCUCAGACGUCCGACACAGCGAGGCCGCGGAAGAAGGCCUCGAGGGCUUCCCGCCCUUCCACCACGGAGUCUGGGACGACUAUCGCGGGCUCCUCCGCGAGCGCCGCCUCGCCGAGACCGACGAAGACGCGGCGGCCCACUCGUCCACCUGCCACCUCCCGGCAGCCGGAUGAGGAUGGUUUUGUCGCCCCUCCCAGGCGGCGCACUGCCAGGGCUGCUGCGCUGCAGCAACCGACGCCGCUGCCGACCGCCAACGCGUUCGCGGGGGCCAGUGUGGACGCGACUGAAGAUGGCGCCGCGCCUCCUGUGUCGGCCCAAAAGAAGCCCCCGCCCAUCGUCAUCCAAUGGGCGGGAGGGUACAAGGAGUUCCAGCAAAAACUAGACAGGGCGGCCACGUCCGCCACUGUCAAGACUGCUGGCCGUGACCUCUACAAGGUCACGGUGUCCUCCAACGAGGAGUACCGCGCGGUGAUGGACACCAUCUCCAGAGAUGGCCUCCCGGGCCGAAACCACCGGAGCGGAGGGGCUGCUCCCUCUCGUAAGGUGCACCCAUCCACCAGCUUUGCUGCCGCCACCAAGGGUGGACCAUCAACCGCCACCGCCCGACGUUCGGAACUGGCGGCGGGCGAGACGAGGCAACCGGCCGCGCCGUCCCCGGCUUCGCCCGGGGGGGAGGCCAACCCAACACCCACGCAGAGCGCGCGGGUUGCCGCCCCGCGCAGGCGUCGCCGGCGCGCGGGCCGGGCCACCCAUGCCGCUGCACGCCGGACUGCCGAUGACACACUGCCGCAACAGACGACAGCACCUCGUGCUACGCCGCAACCGGCUGCCGACGCUCCGCGGCAGUCGUCUACUACGGAGUUGCCGCAACCGGCCUCCCCAGUGGCGGAGGCCGCCCCAGCGGCCAACGCCGCCCCCUCGGCCACCGAUGCAGCCGAGCUCCGCGUCUGGCCCGCUAAGACCGCUACUUCUGGUUAUCAGGGUAGCGUUCUACUCUCCUACGUGGGCGUUGUGGCUGCUGUGGGAUGGCAAAGACUACAGGAACCUGUCGCCAGAUUAACAGCCGGAAUUCAGAAGACUAUUACUGGUUUAGCUAGAUUAGAUACGGGGACGCGACGUCGUCCGGUGCGGCGCAGCCUGGGAUCGACCCACGGUGCCUUCGUAUCGGUGUGGUGGCGGCGGGUGUCUGUGGAGGACAGACCCGCUGGUGGGAGACGGGACCUGGCCCGGUGUGCUGGCGGCAGACGGCAGUCGCCACAGCAGGCCAGGCAGACCGUUGGACUGCCGGCACUCCAGGCUCGCACAGUGCCCGGAAGCGCUCCUCCAGCAGCACAAUGCGGGCGCGCCGGCUUCCGCCGGCAGACGUACGGCGCUCGCAAAGUGCGGGAGCUGGCCGCGGCCCUCCCACCGGACAAAGGGCCCCUCCAGCCGUGCAGUCUGCAGCACGGCGGGCACUGGAACGUCUGUGCCACCUCCGAGAGCAUGAGCGCUGGCUGUUUACAAUCUCUAAUGGCUGAUUACUUGCCUUGGCUUAUUAACUUAUUUGUCCCAGCAUUACUUUAA